UCUGCUAAUCAUGUGACUAAUGAAUGUCUGGAAAACACAGUACAAAUCUGAGCAGCAAACUUGAAACUACCUAUGAUCUCAUUUGUCUUUCUUCAAUAACACGGAUUAACUGGCUGGUUGAACUUCAGAAGAGGCAAGCUUAAUGUUCAAGACAAUGCUUAAGGAGACGCUCUUUGUCGUCCUUCUGUGUGCUUUUCUGGAGGCAGCGCAGUCCCGGGGCUGCUCAAGUUUCUUCUGCCGAAAAUCUCAGCGUCUCAGCUUGCUUUCCAAGGGAGCCGAUCCAGGCUCACCCCUCUUUCUUACCCCCUACUUGGAAAAGGGCAACAUUGAAGAGGCACGAAAACUGAGUCUUGUUGGACCCCUGCCAGGUGCCAAUGUCAAGAGUUAUGCUGGUUACCUGACUGUCAACAAGAAAUAUAACAGCAACCUCUACUUCUGGUUCUUCCCUGCACAGGAGCAGCCUGCGAACGCCCCCGUCCUCCUGUGGCUCCAGGGGGGUCCGGGAGGAACCUCCAUGUUUGGGCUGUUUGUAGAGCAUGGACCCUAUGUUGUGUUCAAGAACCUAACAGUGGGAUACAGAGAAUUCCCCUGGACUUCCAGAUACUCUGUCCUCUACAUUGACAAUCCGGUUGGUACAGGAUUCAGUUUCACAGACGAUGACAACGGCUUUGCACAGAACCAGGAUGAUGUGGGCAGAGACCUUUACAGUGCCUUGACUCAGUUCUUCCAGAUCUUCCCAGAGUACCAGUCCAACCCAUUCUAUGCUACAGGCGAGUCGUAUGCAGGAAAGUAUGUCCCAGCCAUUGGUUACUACAUCCAUAAGAACAACCCCACCGCCAAAGUGCAGAUCAACUUCAAGGGUGUUGCCAUAGGAGACGGCCUCUGUGACCCAGAGCUGAUGCUGGGGGGGUAUGGAGACUUCCUCUACCAGACGGGCAUGAUAGACAUGCUCCAGAAGCAGUAUGUGGAGCAGCAGACGGACAGCGGGGUGCAGCUUAUCCGACAGGAGAAGUGGGUGGAGGCCUUUGAAGUGUUUGACCGCUUGCUGAACGGUGACAUUGAACCGUACCCGUCGUUCUUCCAGAACGCCACCGGCUGCACCAACUACUUCAACUACCUGCAGUGUCGGGAGCCGGCAGACCAGGGGUACUUCUCCCAGUUUGUGACGCUGGCGGAGGUGAGGCACUCCAUCCAUGUUGGAAACCUGACGUUCCACGAUGGCUCUGAGGUGGAGAAGCACCUGGUGCAGGAUGUCAUGAAGAGCAUCAAACCUUGGCUCGCCACGCUCAUGGACAACUACCGGGUGCUGAUCUACAGUGGUCAGCUGGAUGUGAUUGUGGCUGCCCCCCUGACCGAGAGGUUCCUGCCCACGGUGAACUGGACUGGGGCCGACGAGUUCAGCAAAGCCCCCCGCUUCCACUGGAAGGUCCAGCCAGAGGACACUGAGGUGGCUGGAUACGUACGCCAAGUAGGAGAGUUCUACCAGGUGAUCAUACGAGGGGGAGGGCACAUACUGCCGUACGACCAACCAGAGAGGUCAUUCGAUAUGAUUGACAGAUUCCUCUCAACGCAGGGAUUUCUUUGAGCAAGUCGGGGACCGAGCAGGAACACAGCUGAUCUGAGUUCCUCCACCUUUGGCCUGGCAUUGGUUUCCGGACUUUGAUUCAGUGCCUGUUGAUUUUAAACAUUGUUAGCAAGUAUGUUACCAUGGAAACCAGCAAUACGUGACGUGUCACCCAGAGAAGCUGCACUCUCAGGGGUCUUGUUCAAUGGAUGUGAUUGUUCUGACAGCUUUGCUUUUGUCAGGGUUUGAUAACGUCCAGAAUGUCGUAACAGUCCGAUUUGAAACUGCUCUGUAAAUUCAAAUUAAAUUCUCAUGUUUGUGGAAAUGAAUACCUUUUUUCUUUUUUUUUUUUUUUACUACUGUGUACAGUGAUAUGUUGCACAUGAUCAAUAUUUUUUGACAAAGAGGAUAACAUUUAAUGUAAUAGUUUCAAUAAAAAGAAAAUCAAGCAUUGCUCUGUCAGGUUCCAUGAGUGAACACCAGAGGGCGCCAGUGUUUCAAAUAAUGAAUUCCUAGUGGUAUUGUAACGUAGAAUUCAUGUUAAAAUUUGAAAGUAGCGCCCUUGUUGAAAUUCAAAGAAUGCCCAGUGCUUUUGCUUAUAAAUUGUUUUCAUUAAAUG